AUGAAACGCAUGAAUCUAGACCAAAAAGCCGUCAAAUUGAAACCGGAAAUCAAUACCAACGAAAAUGUGAUAUACAACUUAUCGUCGAAGCAGUUAAACGAAACGGAACUCAGAGUGUUGAGCCACGAAGCCAAUUUUAACACUGCUGAUGCCACCCCAGCCGAUUUCAUUGCCGCACUUGAGGCCAUGUUAGUACGAACUAACGCAAACGAAGAGGCUAAAAACACGGUGCGGCAAAAGGUUACCUCUCUCCUGAUGACGAACAGGCACGCUAGCAAUAUGUCACCCGCAGAAAUAGAAGCAAUAAAGAGAUUAAAAAUGGACAAAGAUAUUAUAGUGCUACCGGCCGACAAAGGAAGAGCAACAGUUGUGAUGAACCGCGUUGAUUACAAUGAGGAGGCACGAGCUCUCCUGGACGACCAACAAUCCUACAGGUCCGCACCCGCCUCGCAGGCCAAAUCGAUGAUUGGCCAGCUGACUGGACUCUUAUGCCGACUCUGGCGCAACAAUUUAAUGUCGUUGGACGAAUGGCGCCAGACAAAACCAACCGGCACGGCGUUGGUCAGGUUCUACGGACUACCGAAAAUCCACAAACCCAACGUUCCUCUGCGGCCAAUCGUUGCCCUGAAAGGCAGCCCCACAUACAAUUUAGCCAAAUGGAUGACCAGAAAGCUCAAUUUUCUCCGAGAGGGCUCUGUGACGUCCGUCAAUUCGGCCUCCCAAUUCCUUGCCGACAUUCGGGGAAAAACUCUUCAACCCGACCAAAUCAUGGUAUUCUUCGAAGUUGUCUCACUUUUCACGUCCAUCCCACCAGACUUGGCGCGCGACGUGCUACGCAAACGCCUCGAAGAAAAGUACGACGAAACAACAGGGUCGCUAAAGAUCCAGCACCUAAUGCAGCUCUUUGCAUUCUGCCAACGAACCUUUUUCACCUUCGAUGGCAGAACAUAUGAACAAAUCAAAGGAACACCCAUGGGUUCCCCAAAGUCCAGCCUAGUUGCGGAAUUGGUCCUACAAGAGCUGGAAAAGGUUGCUUUCAGCCAUUACAAACCUGCGUUUUGUCGCCGAUACGUGGACGAUACAUUCGUCAUUAUUGAAAAGGACAAGCUAUCGGGUUUUCAAGACUAA